AUGGAAUUCGUGUACUUCAGCAACGAAUUCCCAAAGGACGACCUACACGACAUCUACCGUGGCUUGCACAACCAUAGCAAGCACCGGGACUUCCCCCUUCUCGCCCGAUUCCUCAACGAGGCCACUGCAGCUGUCAAGGAUGAAGUGCGCAGACUGCCGACAGAACUGAAGCGAUUGAUUCCACCUUUCGACAAUCUGCUUAGCUGGGUCGAGAACAAGGAGCUCCGUGAAGGACUCCUGUGCGGCGCCAUCGAUGGCGUUCUGCUCAUCGUUGCUCAAGUAGCAUCAUACAUCGGAUAUGUCGAGAGCCAUCCUGAAGAGCUCCGGAACAUGAGCGAGGCCAGCCUCGCCGGUCUUGGUAUCGGUCUGCUUGCGUCUACAGCUAUUUCGCUCUCGACUGAGCAAGCCGAUCUGCCACUCGCUGGUGCCGAUGCCGUUCGUCUUGCUUUCCGCAUGGGUGUCCACGUUUUCGGCGUCUCUGAGAACUUGGAGGCUCGUGAUCUAUCCGAGAAGCCAGAGACUUGGGCUUGUGUUGUUCACAACGUCGAUCCAGCUGUCGCUCAAAAAGAGCUUGAUGCCAUGCAGCCAGCUGGUGAGGUGCCCGAGACUGGCAAAGUCUUUAUCAGCGCCAUCAGCCGGACUUCUGUCACAGUCAGCGCUCCACCACAAAAGCUGAAGGCCCUUCUCAACAAGUGCGAGUUCUUUCGAAAAGCACGCUACAUCGAGCUGCCCGUCUACGGCGGUCUCUGCCACGCUCCCCACAUCUACAGUGCGCAAGACACCGAGAGCAUCGUCCGAGGCGCUUCUCUGAAUGCAAGGCGGAAAGGCCUUGAGCCAGUGGUCCCAGUCUACUCCACUAGCAGCGGACAGCCAUACGCAGCCAAGACUGCUACCGAACUCUUCGAGUGCGUCGUCUCUGAACUUCUCAGGCAAGCAAUCUGCUGGGACAAGGUCAUUGCCGGCAUUGUCGACAGUGCUAAGCGCACUGCAACCACUGAAGCCACACUCCACUGCUUCGGAAACUCCAUACCUCUCAAUGACCUCGACAAGGCCUUCAAGAGCGACAUGCCAGAGCUCAGGGUGUCCACUAAUAACCUCGUGCCAUGGAUCUUCCAGAAUGAGCCCAGAGACACCGCUCCCCGAGGUCCUGCGCAGUCGAAACUGGCCAUAACUGGAAUUUCAUGCAGAUUUCCAGGAGGUGCAACCACCACCGAGAAAUUCUGGGAGAUCCUUGAGAAGGGCCUCGAUGUGUCGAGGAAGAUUCCAGCCGAUCGAUUUGAUAUCGAGACACACUACGAUCCAACCGGCAAGGCGCUCAACAAGAGCAUGACCCAGUACAUGUGCCCCAUCGACGAGCCCGGCUUGUUCGACGCUCCCUUCUUCAACAUGUCUCCUCGCGAGGCCCAAGUUGUGGAUCCACAGAUGCGUCUGGCCCUCGUUACCGCCUAUGAGGCCCUCGAGCGAGCUGGUUAUGUCGGCAACCGCACAGCUUCGACUAAGUUGGAGCGCAUCGGUACAUACUAUGGCCAGGCGGCGGAUGACUAUCGAGAAGUCAACCAGGGCCAAGAGGUCAGCACUUACUACAUUCCAGGCGGCUGCAGAGCCUUCGGUCCAGGACGCAUCAACUACUUCUUCAAGUUUGCAGGGCCUUCAUACAGCAUCGACACCGCAUGCUCAUCUGGACUGGCGGCCAUCGAGAUUGCCUGCCGGGCACUAUGGAACGGAGAUGUCGACACCGCCGUCACUGGCGGCAUGAACAUCUUGACCAACCCAGACGGGUUUGCUGGACUCAACCAAGGUCACUUCUUGUCCAAGGGCCACAACGCCUGCAAGACCUGGGAUGCUACAGCUGAUGGCUACUGCCGAGCAGACGGCAUCGGCUCUCUGGUCAUCAAGAGACUCGAAGAUGCCGAGGCCGACAACGACAACAUUCUGGGUGUGAUCUUGGGUGCUGGAACUAACCACUCCGCCGAGGCCGUUUCCAUCACUCACCCCCAUGCUGGCCACCAGGCCUACCUCUCCCGCCAAGUGCUUCGUCAAGCCGGCGUAGACCCACUGGAUGUGUCAUACGUCGAGCUUCAUGGCACUGGCACUCAAGCUGGAGACUUCGAGGAAAUGUCCGGCAUCAUGGAUGUAUACGCACCGCUCACCAAACGUCGCUCCAAGGACCAGCCUCUGCACAUUGGCGCUGUAAAGUCCAAUGUUGGACACGGAGAAUCCGUGGCAGGAACCACUGCUUUGAUCAAGGUCCUCAUGAUGCUUCAGAAGAACGCUAUCCCAAAGCAUAUCGGCAUCAAGACCGAGAUCAACCCCAAGUUCCCCAAGGACUUCAAACAGCGCAACCUGCACAUUGCAUUUGAGCAGACCGCAUGGCCGCAGAUCCCGGGCAAGAAGCGUCUCGCAGCUAUCAACAACUUUGGCGCUGCGGGAGGCAACACCACCAUGGUUCUGGAAGAAGGCCCUGUGCGUGAGAAGCAACAGGCCGACCCUCGCCAGAGCCACGUUGUUGCAGUUUCUGCGAAGACGAAGGCAUCUUUGACUGGCAACAUUGAGCGCUUGAUCGCCUAUCUGGAGGCAAACCCGGCCACUGAUCUCGCUGACUUGGCCUACACAUCUACUGCUCGUCGCUACCAGCACACUCACCGUGUGGCGAUGGCGACUUCUGACGUUGCUGAGCUUACGAAGAAGCUCACAUCGAGCCUGAGCAAGGUCGACAGUAUUGGGCCAGUCGGCAAGUCUGGCCCACCACAGGUCGCCUUCUCCUUCACUGGACAGGGUGCAUCACACAAGUCGAUGAACUUGGAGCUCUACCGCGAUGUACCCACAUUCCGUGAGCACAUUCACCAUCUGGACACCAUUGCUCAGAACCAAGGCUUCCCAUCAUGCAUUCCAGCUCUCGACGGAUCCUUCCCACAAGACCACGAGCACAGCCCAGUCAUCACCCAACUCGCGUUGGUCUGCACGGAGAUGGCACUGGCUAAAUACUGGGCCAGCCUUGGAGUCAAGCCUGACGUUGUCAUUGGCCACAGCUUGGGCGAGUACGCUGCCAUGCAUGUAGCCGGCGUCAUCACCGCCAGCGAUGCCAUCUUCAUGGUUGGUCGCCGGGCGCAGAUGCUCCAGGAGAAGUGCAAGAUCCGCAGCCACACCAUGAUGGCGGUUCGUGCUUCGGUGGCACAGAUUUCCGAGAGCUCAGGAGGCAAGCGACACACCAUUGCUUGUGUCAACGGUCCAUCAGACACUGUUCUGAGCGGCACCAAGGAGCAGAUGAAUGAGAUCCAAGUACCACUCGAGGCAGCUGGCUACCGAUGCAUCAAGCUCGAUGUCGCGUUUGCUUUCCACUCCGAACAGACUGACCCCAUCCUCGAUGACCUUGAGGCUGUCCUCGAGAGCGGUGUUGUCUUCCAGGAGCCGAAGAUGCCAUAUAUCUCGCCUCUCUUGGGCAAGACCAUCUUCGACGGCAAGACACUGAACGCAAACUACGUCCGCCGCGCCACCCGCGAGGCUGUCAACUUCCUGCCCGCCAUGCAGAACGCUAUUGACAUUGAGGCUGUCAGCGAAGAGACCGUGUGGGUUGAGAUUGGUCCCCAUCCAGUGUGCGCCGGUUUCAUCAAGUCGAUCGUUCCAAGCACUCAGCUUGCUAUUCCAUCGAUCCGACGCAACGAGGACAACUGGACGACCAUGUCUUCAAGCAUGGCCGCUCUGCACCUUACCGGCGUUGCGCUCAGCUGGAACGAAUUCCACCGUCCAUUCGAGAGCAGCCUUCGCCUUCUCGACCUGCCGACAUACGCAUUCACGGAGAAGAACUACUGGUUGCAGUACAACGGCGAUUGGUGCUUGACCAAGGGCAAUACCUUCUACAGCGCGGAGAAGGAGGCUGCUAGGGCUGCAGAGCCCCAGCCGUCUGUUGGAAGCGACCUCCAGACUUCCACGGUGCAGCAGGUCAUUGCGCUUGAAGUUGAGGGCAACGCUGGUGUCGUCGUGAUGAAGAGCGAUCUCAUGCAAGGUGAUCUCCUUGUUGCCGCUCACGGCCACCGCAUGAACGGCUGCGGUGUGGUCACUUCGUCCAUCCAUGCAGACAUUGCAUACACUCUUGGAAACUACCUCUACCGCAAGAUCAAGCCGAAGGACAAGGUUCCAGCAAUGAACAUGACCGACCUUCUUGUCACCAAGGGACUUGUGGCGCAGAACAAGACCAAGUACCCCCAGGAGUUCCGUGUCACCGCUGCCACCCCCGACAUCACAUCCGGACAAAUCAUGAUGUCGUGGCAGAACGUGGACGACAACGAGCCAUUCGCGACCGCAACUCUUAUUCUCGGGGAUGCGAACGACUGGCUCAGCUCCUGGGAGUCAAUGUCUCAUCUCAUCUGCAGCCGCAUCGAUUCGCUGGAGCGUAUGGCUGCGGAAGGCAAGGCUAGCCGCUUCACACGCAACAUGGCCUACACGCUUUUCGCAAGCAACCUCGUCGACUAUGCCGACAAGUACCGCGGCAUGCAAUCGGUCGUGAUGAGCGGACUGGAAGCUUUCGCCGACGUGGAGCUCACCACCAAGGAGAGCGGCACCUGGACCAUUGCACCUUACUUCAUCGAUUCCGUUGCCCAUCUGGCCGGGUUCGUCAUGAACUGCUCCGAUGCUAUGGAUGCUGCAAAGAACUACUGCGUAACGCCGGGCUGGAAAUCUAUGCGUUUCGCCAAACCACUCACUGCCGGUGCCAAGUACAGGUCGUACGUCAGGAUGAUUCCUACCAAGGAUGAUCCGACUGUCUACCUAGGCGAUGUGUACAUCAUGCAAGACGACGAGAUCAUGGGUAUGGUCGGCGGCAUCCAAUUCCGCAGCUACCCACGCAUCCUACUCAACCGCUUCUUCUCCGCCCCCGACAAGGCGAUGACAGAGGCCAGGGCCGGCAACGCCGCGACCGUUACUCCUCAGGUCACAAUCCCUAAACCACCCUCUUCACUCAAGACUCCCGCCCCAGCCAAUCCCUCUCGCCGCGACUCCGGCGUCGAAAGCAAACCCCUCCCACCUCCCCAACCCAAACAAGCACCCCCCUCCACCGACUCCGAAAACAGCACCAUAUCCAAAGCCCUCACCCUCAUCGCCACCGAAGGCGGCCUGGAAAUCUCUGAUCUCGGCGACGACGUCAGCUUCGCAGACCUCGGCAUCGACAGUCUGUUGUCUCUGGUGAUUUCCGAAAAAUUCAGAUCUGAACUCGGGGUGCAGGUUAGUGGGAGCUUGGUUUUGGAUUAUCCUAGGAUUGGCGAUAUGAGGAGGUGGUUGGAGGAGCAUUAUUGA